UACAUAACAAAUACAAAUAAUAAGGGUUUUAUUUCAUAUAACGAUAUAAACAAUAUUGGUUAAUAAUGAUUCGCCAAAACAAUAGAAACAGGUGAGUCCAAAAAUAACUUAAUUUUUGGCCCCAGAGACCUCAUUAAGUCGCAUUCUACAGUAGAAACAUUACUGUAUUCUUUUUAUAGAAGGCCCUGUUAUAGUUUAUUUUGUUUUCAAAAGGCGAAUUUUGCAGAUAUAACGCCAUAUUUGUUUAAUCGUUACUCUUCCUGCCGUUGCGCAGGUUACUAAAAUAAUAGCAUAUUUGUAUCCUGGAAAUUACGCAUGCGCACACAACUUUUUUUGGGACUACCAGGGACUACAUUCGAUCCAAAUACAAACAUAACUACCUCUGCUGAUAAAGAUUUGUUCUUAUUCUUGACGACUUCCAUAAUAAACGCAUAGGACGAUCGACGCAAAUAUAUAAAGUUUAAUAGGGAAGAACUUUGAAAACUCUAUUAUUAUAACCUCCAUAUAAUCGAAAUCGGAUAUCUUCGAGAAGCAUGGAUAAACUGAACGUAAAAGAUGUUAUGCAGUACAUAGAGUUAGUUACUAAUCUUAAACAUAGUUCUCGCAAAGGUUGGGAAUAUUGCGAUGUGCCCAAUCACGAGCGCAUCGCUGGCCACAUGUACGCCAUGGCGAUGAUGACCUUCCUUCUGGACGAGAAGAGCGGUUUGGAUAGAUUCAAAUGUAUGCAAUUAACUUUGGUGCACGAUUUAUGCGAGAGCAUUGUCGGAGACAUUACGCCCAGGGAUAACAUACCGGAGGACGUCAAGCACAAGAUGGAGUUGGAAGCAAUGGAAAAACUAACAUCGUUGCUAGGCGACGAGCUUGGUGGUCGUAUGUUCGCUCUGUACCAGGAAUACGAAAAGAAAGAGACGCCCGAGGCGAAGUUCGUCAAAGACUUGGAUAGAUUCGACAUGAUUUUCACAGCAAUGACAUACGAAAAACGCGACAAUACUCCGAAGAAACUGCAAGAGUUCUUUGAUUCAACUGAAGGCAAAUUUCAGCAUCCUUUUGUUAAAAAAUUGGUUGCCGAACUUGAAAAUAUGAGGCCUCGGCAGUCCGAUUCUUCGAAUGACGAUUAAUGUCACUAUUAAUAAUUUAUUAAUAAACGUAUUUAAUUCGAAAA